CUGGUGGGCGGGGACAGUUGCUGGGCGGCCGCAGAUUGGCUAUUCUCUGGAGGGCGAGGCCAGGGUGCCCAGCGAGGGAAUGAGUGGAAGCCGGGUGAGUGAAGCCACCGCAGCCUGGGCAGCCGCGCUCGCCUGGCCCGCGCUCACAGCUCCACCAUGUCAGAGCGAGAAGAGCGGAGGUUUGUGGAGAUCCCUCGGGAGUCUGUCCGACUCAUGGCAGAGAGCACAGGGCUAGAGCUGAGUGAUGAGGUGGCAGCUCUGCUUGCUGAAGAUGUGUGCUACCGUCUCCGAGAGGCCACACAGAAUAGCUCUCAGUUCAUGAAGCACACCAAACGACGGAAGCUGACGGUGGAGGACUUCAACAGGGCUCUGAGAUGGAGCAGUGUGGAGGCUGUGUGUGGCUAUGGAUCACAGGAAGUAUUGCCCUUGCGCCCUGCUAGGGAGGGUGAGCUCUACUUUCCUGAGGACCGAGAAGUGAAUCUAGUGGAGCUGGCGCUGGCCACCAACAUCCCCAAGGGCUGCGCAGAGACAGCUGUCAGAGGUGGCUGCCAGGGUUUCUGGACGGGUCGGCGGAGGGGGUUCUGGACAAGACUGGAUGUUCAUGUCUCUUAUCUGGAUGGCAAAGGGAACCUGGCACCUCAAGGAUCAGUGCCCAGUGCUGUGUCCUCACUGACGGAUGACCUGCUCAAGUACUACCAGCAAGUGACACGUGCUGUGCUAGGAGAUGACCCACAGUUGAUGAAGGUUGCCCUCCAGGACCUGCAGACCAACUCCAAGAUUGCAGCACUCCUGCCUUACUUUGUUUAUGUUGUCAGUGGGGUAAAAUCUGUAAGCCACGACCUGGAGCAGCUUCAUCGACUCUUGCAGGUGGCACGGAGCCUGAUUCGGAACCCACACCUCUGCCUGGGACCCUAUGUCCGCUCUUUGGUGGGCAGUGUGCUCUACUGUGUCUUGGAGCCACUGGCUGCCUCCAUCAACCCCCUGAAUGACCACUGGACUCUUCGGGAUGGGGCUGCCCUCCUACUCAGCCACAUCUUCUGGACUCAUGGGGACCUUGUGAGUGGCCUGUAUCAGCAGAUCCUGCUCUCCCUGCAGAAAGUCCUGGCAGACCCUGUGCGGCCUCUCUGUUCUCACUAUGGGGCUGUGGUAGGGCUGCAUGCUCUAGGCUGGAAGGCAGUAGAACGAGUCCUGUACCCACAUCUGUCCACUUACUGGACAAACUUGCAGGCUGUGCUGGAUGACUAUUCGGUAUCAAAUGCCCAGGUCAAAGCAGAUGGGCACAAAGUCUACGGAGCUAUUCUGGUGGCUGUAGAGCGACUGCUGAAGAUGAAAGCCCAGGCCGCAGAGCCCAACCGCUGGGGCCCGGGCGGCGGGUGGCAACGUGCCGAGGACCUGCCAUGGGACAGCCUCCUCCUCCAGGAGUCUCCCCCCGGGGGCGGCGCCGAGCCCAGCUUCGGGUCCAGUCUGCCGCUGCCGCCGGGGGGCGUGGGACCAGAGGACCCGUCUCCUUCCCUGACUCUGGCCGACAUCUACCGCGAGCUCUACGCCUUCUUCGGGGACAGCCUGGCCACACGCUUCGGCACCGGCCAGCCCGCGCCCAAGGCCCCGCGACCUCCCGGAGACAAGAAAGAGCCGGCGGCCGCCCAGGACGCGGUGCGGAAGAUGCCGCAGCUGACAGCCAGCGCCAUGGUCAGCCCGCAGCGGGACGAGAGCCCCCGGGGCGCGGGCCCCGCGUCGGCCUCCGCGCCUGCCGCGGAGAGCAGGGCGCUGCCGCGUGUGCACCGGGCGCGGGGCGCUCCCCGGCAGCAAGGCCCCGGCACCGGCCUGCGCGACGUCUUCCAGAAGAGCCGCUUCGCGCCCCGCGGCGCCCCGCACUUCCGUUUCAUCAUCGCCGGGCGCCAGGCGGGGCGGCGCUGCCGCGGGCGCCUCUUCCAAACUGCCUUCCCCGUGCCCUACGGGCCCAGCCCCGCGUCCCGCUACGUGCAGAAGCUGCCCAUGAUCGGCCGCACUAGCCGCCCGGCGCGGCGCUGGGCGCUCUCAGACUACUCCCUGUACCUGCCGCUAUGACGCGGCUCUGCUUCCGUCAAUAAACCCUUGUUCGGAAAUGACGCGUGCUCGUGGGGCGGGCUUGGGUGGUUGACUCCC